ACCGGCGCCUUCAGCCUGCCCGGUCUGCUGCGAGCCUUCACGGCGCCCGAGAUGGUGAAGGGCGUGCGCUGCAACAAGUGCGCGCCGGAGGACGGCGGCAUGCAGACCAAACACAUACGCACCGUCAGCUUCGGCAAGUUGCCGUGUUGCCUAUGCCUGCAUGUGGCGCGCGUCGAGUGGUCGGGCGGCGGGCUCAGCAAGCGCGGCGAGUUCGUCGCCUUCCCCGAGAUCCUCAACAUGGCGCCCUACGCCGCGCGCCAGCAGCCGCAGAGCGAGCUGGCGGCGCUGCUGGGCGGGGCAGGUGGCGGCGCAGAGGGCGGGGCGGCGGAAGGGGCGGAGCGCGCGGCGUACCGGCUGGCGGCAGUCGUGGUGCACGUGGGCGGCCCGCGCUCGGGACAUUUCGCCACGUACCGUCGCGGAAAUGGCUUCGAGAGCAAGAGAUGGUGGUACACAUCGGACACUUUGGUGCACGAGGUGGCGCUGCAGGAGGUGCUGCGCUGCUCCGCCUACAUGCUGUUCUACGAGCGCGCGCGCAACGAGCCCCGCCCACAACACUUUUAGGCCCCGCCCCC